AUGUAUUACCACAACCAGCACCAAGGAAAGAGCAUCCUCUCUUCGUCGAGAAUGCCCAUUCCUUCUGAAAAGCAUCCAUUCCUCCGAGGAAAUGGCACAGGGGAUUCUGGACUCAUUCUCUCAACCGAUGCAAAGCCACGACUAAAAUGGACUCCAGAUCUUCAUGAGAGAUUUGUUGAAGCAGUCAACCAGCUUGGAGGAGGAGAUAAAGCUACUCCUAAGACAAUAAUGAAAGUCAUGGGUAUUCCAGGCCUCACUUUAUACCAUCUCAAGAGUCAUCUUCAGAAAUAUAGGCUAAGCAAGAAUCUUAAUGGACAAGCUAACAGCAGUUUAAACAAGACAAGUGUGAUGACCAUGGUAGAAGAAAACACCCCUGAAGCAGAUGAAAGUCACAGCGAAAGUUUAAGCAUUGGACCACAGCAGAGCAUGAACUUGCCCAUAAGUGAUGCACUUCAAAUGCAAAUAGAGGUUCAAAGAAGGCUACACGAGCAACUUGAGGUACAGCGACAUUUGCAGCUCAGAAUCGAGGCUCAAGGAAAGUACCUGCAAGCGAUUCUGGAGAAAGCGCAAGAGACUCUUGGAAGACAGAACGUAGGUGGAGCUGGGAUCGAAGCAACGAAAGCUCAACUCUCAGAACUAGUAUCUAAAGUGUCAUCAGAAUAUCCAGAAUCCAUUUUCCUAGAACCGAAAGAAGUGCAGAAUCUACGCCAUCAACAGAUGCAGACAACUUAUCCACCUAACACCUCUCUGGACAGUUGCCUAACCUCAAGUGAAGGAACUCACAAAGCCCCGAAGAUGCUUGACAAGAGACUGGGAUUAAGAACAUAUAUUGGAGAUUCAACUUCCGAGCAGAAGGAGAUAAUGGAGGAACCAUUCUUCCCUAGAAUGGAGUUAACAUGGGCAGAAGAAGAAAGCCUCAGAGAGAAUAACAACAGGCCAUAUCUUUCCAACAAUGCAGAACCGAGAAGCUCGUCUUCAAGAAGAAGCCCUGGAAGUUUGUCAAUAGGAGUGGGAUUACAUGAACACAAUGGAGGGAAUAGCAACAGUGAGUACACAGAGGAAAGAUUCAACCAGAAUGGCGAAGAUUGCAAGCUUGAAACACGCAGCAGAACAGCGCUAGAUCUUAACACACACGGGGAAAACUACGGCACAACGCGUCCGAAACAGUUUGAUUUGAAUGGUUUCAGCUGGAAUUGA